AUGCUUGCAGGCGACGCACAGCAGACAGUCACUGGUUACGGAGUGCUGACGACAAGAAGCCGCUACUACUACGGGCAAUCGCUCGCGGUAAACCUGACUUCAACGCUUUCAGAACGCAUACCAGGCACUGUCGACCCGUUCAGAGCACCAUUUCGACUGGUUGUCUAUGUGGAGAAAGGAGAAUUACCUUUCUCCUCUUUAAAGCCCGUUAUUUGUUGUGCUUGCCGCAUAGAGCGACCACUUCCUUUUGCCGCACAGCGCCUUCAGCAGACGCGACGGUGGCGUACGUAUUUUAUAGUGAGCGUGCGAAGGAGGGCACGUAGGACCGACAAGGACGCAGAGGACAAGUGCUUGGACACGUCUGUGCGCUUAGAUGAGUUCGACGUGUCAGGCCCGCCGCAGCUGCCGGCUGCAGCAACAGAAGGGGGAGCACAGCAGCCACAGGAGAGGAAUCUGCAGCUGCAACGGCGGUUCACCGAUGGACUACAAAGACGUCUGGUAGCAGCGACAGAUGCACUCGCUAAAGGUGAAGCCGCAGUAACAGAGACAGUUUCACAAGGAAAGCUCCGGUGGAAGUCGGAGCUCGACGACCUUCUCGGAGAUGUGCCGGCUUACCGUCGCCUGCUGAGACAGAGAGAGCUGAAUAAAAUUGCAGAAAGGUAUGCUGACGAAGAGGAGCUCGAUCCAAACGAAUUUUCCAUAUUAAGCCGCGCACGCUCUCAUCUGCGGGAUUUGCACAGACGCAAGAGCAUGUGGGCGGCUCUGAGCCGGUCUCUCCUGGUGACCUUCGUUCUUGCACUUUUCGUGCUCUCUUCGCUGACUAGUCCUGUAGGACCGACAGGGACACCACUGAAUUACGCAGAGCGGCGGACCCGGCGGAAUGAGUUCUGCGUUGCAGCAGCGCUGACGCUGGGCGUAUUGAUGGUGGCCCUAUACGGAGAAUGGCGUAGAAGAGCACUUAACAACCAAAUUUACCUGCAGGAGCUGAAAACGGACCGCAUCACCUUCGAGGCAGUCGCAGGCCUCCGCCCACUGAGAAGAAUGUGUUAG